AGUCCGGCAUGAACACGUUGUGCGUGGCCAGGGUGGCUCGCAGCCGGAGCCGUGGACCGGGGGCCGGGUCGCGGGGGCGCGGGGAGGAUCCUGCGCCACUCCGGAGGACAGAGGCGGCUGCAGAAGGAAGGAAAGGCCACAGCCCUGUGAAGGGUCAGCGGAAGACACAGAGACUGCAUGUGGCCUAUGAGGCCUCAGGUGGUGAGAAAGGUGAGAGCACCAAGCCCCUCAAAGUGCCGGUCUGGGAGCCCCAGGACUGGCAGCAGCAGCUGGCCAAUAUCCGUGCCAUGAGGAGCAGAAAGGAUGCGCCUGUGGACCAGCUGGGGGUCGAGCACUGCUACGACCUCCAUGCCCCUCCGAAGGUGCGGAGGUACCAGGUGCUCCUGUCGCUGAUGCUUUCUAGCCAGACCAAAGACCAGGUGACGGCGGGUGCCAUGCAGCGGCUGCGGGCCCGGGGCCUGACAGUGGACAGCAUCCUGCAGACAGAUGACGGCACACUGGGCAAGCUCAUCUACCCCGUAGGCUUCUGGAGAAACAAGGUGAAAUACAUCAAGCAGACCAGUGCCAUCCUGCAGCAGGACUAUGGCGGGGACAUCCCAGCCUCUGUGGCAGAGCUGGUGGCGCUGCCAGGAGUAGGGCCCAAGAUGGCACACUUGGCCAUGGCUGUGGCCUGGGGCACCGUGUCAGGCAUCGGAGAGGGAGGCAGAGCUAGGACUGCAGUUGGCCAGAGCAGCCGGAUGAGAGGAGGCUGUGCAGUGGACACACAUGUGCACAGAAUUGCCAACCGACUUCAGUGGACCGAGAAGGUGACCAAGUCCCCAGAGGAGACCCGGGCCGCCCUGGAGGAGUGGCUGCCCAGGGAGCUGUGGGGCGAGAUUAACGGACUGUUGGUGGGCUUCGGCCAGCAGACCUGUCUGCCCAUCCACCCUCGCUGCCAGGCCUGCCUCAACCAGGCUCUGUGCCCGGCUGCCCGGCGCCUCUGAGGCCAUGGGACUCCAGCCUGGGUACUGCUCUGGCCGCUGUCUGUGAAGUGUCCUUGCUUGGGGAGCUGCUGCCUGUUUCACAAUAAAGCUUAGGAGUUUUUGCA